AUGUACAAAGAGACUGAUAGUUUAUCGGAGGCAGCGACUUUACUGCAAGCUCUGGCAUGCUCUAGAGAUCCAGAGGUUAUUAGCCAUUUAAUGACGAUCUUAGAAGACAAGGACUCUUCAAAUCUGGAAGCACAGAAGCGUAGUGCUAUUUCAGCUGUGGCUACGAACAACGCAAUAACACCUUUAGUGUAUGAUGUUAUCAGAAACAAAUAUGACUAUGUGAAAGAUGG